UCAGCAAUCCAUUCAAACCAGCGAACAUCAUCGGUUGAACAGGACGGAUUUUAUUCUAUCAGAUAAUCGCGAUAAAUUUAACAUCAAAUUUUUAACAUGAAGAGAGUGAGUUUACUUGCACUUUUGAUCGUUCUGGUCGCUCUGGCGAAUGCUUCACGGUAUGAGGAUCGGGAGGGCGAAUACGUCAACGACCCUGGUUACGGCCGCUUUUUUCGAACCGUACAAAAGAAACACGUGUGUCCACCCUUAGGGAUGAAAAAAAAGGAUUGCAACAACUGCUUCUGCCCACAGGAUGGCUCUCGAUGGCUUUGCACCCAUUUACCAUGCCCCGAUUUCGUAUCCACUGAAACUGAAACUUCAGACACGAUUCAGCGACCUGAUUUGUCUGAUUGAGACCGAUCAUUACUAAUCGCUGUAAUAAUGUUUUCAUAAUUUAUAGUACAUGAGGAUAGACAGCGAUUUUCAACAAGUUCAUGCCCGAUUUGUAGUUUUGGUGAUGUAAUUUCUCAGAUUUUACACAGGGACUUCAGCGAAUUCUACGGACAACAGUUUUCAAUCCAUGAAAAUGUGUUGGUAUGUUAUUUCGGUAAUUAUUGUACUGAUUACACCAACGAUAUAAUAGUUUAAGACCUUCAUUCGAAGUCUAAUGAAUAAAUACAAAUAUGUAUAGUAGGUGAACGGAUCAACGGAAUCUUCAACUUGUCCCAAUUAUCCAUUUUUCAAUCUUCUGAUCCUCAAAAUGUAGGCGCGCUUCGAGAAAAGGCGUCCUAUUAGUUUUUGAAAUCACGCGCCGAACGGCGUGUGGUCACGUGAUGUCUUCGUGCCGAUCGGCUUUUGUCGGGCGCGUUGUUGAUCGCCGCCAUUUUGCGACCGCCGUUAGUCGUUCGGAGGCUGUCGAGUACGACGUAAAUUUGUGCAUUAUACUGCGAAAUGAAUAGUUAAUUGUUGCUGAACGAUCUCCCACGCAUCGAAAAUGUUCGUUAUCAACAUUGUGCAACCACAUUGGGUAAACGAUAAACUCGAUGUAAAUACGAGUAAAAUGCCUGCUACGCAGUUAGUACGACCCCAGUUCGUCCUUCUAUCGACGCAACACAGUCCCCAUCCUCAACCAUAUUUUGUCACCAUGCAAUUUGGAGAUUUGAAAAGGCUGGAUGUGCAUGAGGCACGAAUUUUUCCACGCUAUUUUCUCUCCCAAAAGAACCAAUCAAGAUUCACUCCGAUUUCGAAAAGUCUCCCUAAUUUCUGGAACUUUGUCGCUGACGUACGUUCCUCCCAAUUCAUCUGAACGGUUGAGAAAAUGAAAAAUUAUGGAGGAACGUGCAGGUCUCUCUUCGAUCCCAUUGUUUCAACCCAAGACCUAAUUACCGCAUUCAUACGUAACUAGCUAGUGUACGAGGUACACAGCAGCUAUAUACAUAGACGAGGAAAAUGGAGUCUCCAACAGAGAUGCCGAGUAACACCACGGCCGGAAGUACGGUACAAGAGGAAGAGCUUCGACGUAUCCUGCAGGAACGAAAACAGGAAUGUCUGGACCGGAUCAGUUCCAACGCGACACCGCCUUCCGAAUUAUUCUGCCCAGCAGUUUUUGACGGAUGGUCCUGUUGGCCCAGUACACCGGCGGGGACGACGGCGUUCGCCAGAUGUCCCGAUUUUCUCACAGGAUUCGACGGAACUCGUAUGGCGCACAAGGAUUGUGAGGCAAAUGGCGAAUGGUACAGACAUCCGGAAUCGAAUCACGUAUGGAGUAACUAUACGACUUGCGUUAACUUGGAAGAUCUGAGUUGGCAGCAACAUCUCAACGUCAUAUACGAAACUGGAUACGCGAUAUCGCUCAUCGCUCUCCUACUCUCUUUGGCGAUCCUCACGUACUUCAGAUCAUUGAGAUGCGCGCGGAUCACGUUGCACAUGAAUUUAUUCGCCUCGUUCGCGGUGAACAACGCUCUAUGGUUAAUCUGGUACGGUUUCGUCGUAGCUAAGCCGGAAACUUUAUUAGAAAACGGGAUCGGUUGCCGUCUCUUACACGUCAUCCUGCAUUACUUCCUACUGACAAACUACGCUUGGAUGUUGUGCGAAGGUUUCUACUUGCACACCUUACUUGUAAGCGCAUUCACAAGCGAGCACAAACUAGUCAAGUGGCUAAUGGCGUUGGGAUGGCCAACCCCAGCUAUAAUCGUUACAAUCUACGCCAUACUCCGAGGCACAAGCGACGACCCCAAUGAUACUUUGCAGUGUUGGAUCGACGCGGGAAAUUACACGAGCGUCUUUAUUUAUCCUGUCUGCGUAUCUACUCUACUUAAUCUUCUAUUCCUCUGUAACAUCGUGCGCGUACUCUUGACGAAAUUAAGAGCUGGCCCUGCCCUUGGUACUAAACCAUCGAGAUCAAUGCUUCAGGCUUUCAGGGCAACGCUACUACUGGUUCCGCUUUUGGGGCUUCAUUACCUCGUGAUCAUUUUUCGACCACCCAAAGGUCACCCCUGGGAACAGACCCACGAGGUCGUUUCCGCGAUCACCGCGUCUUUUCAAGGUCUUUGCGUCGCUAUUCUUUUCUGCUUCUGCAACGGAGAGGUGAUAACUCAAUUCAAGAGGAAGUGGGAAGGAACCGCGUUCGUAAGAAAACGAGCAAACUCCUGUACCGCAACAACCGUCUCGGUCCGAUGGCGGGAGAGGAGAAGGUGUGACUACCAGUCAGCGGCGGUGGUGGAUCCCCAGGAGUCCGCGGUAACAAACAUUUCCGCCGCUCGUCGAGGAAGUAGCAACCACCUCCAAGUUCUCAUAAAACGCAACGAUUCGGCCAACGACUUUAACCACGAGUACCAGAGCCAAUGCUGAUUUUAUUCAUCGAGAUAAAUUUCGGUCUUGUAAUAACCCGUUGAAAAAAGAAAAGUACAUUUCACUUAUCCGAAAGAAUUAAUAACUGUAUAGUUAUCAUUGCGCGAACCUUCUUUUUAUGUACUAAUUUCAAUUAAAACUACUUUUAAGGUAGUGAAAUUUUUUUCGUUUAUCUUCAUCGAACUUUAUUAAACUUUUACCGAAUCUUGUUCCAGCGCAACCGGUUUUAGGAUCAUUUUUUUUUCUAUUUUCAUUUCCUAAAAAUCCUAAUUUCGUUAAUGAUAUUUAGAAUAUACGUGUAAGAGCUUCUUUAUCAUGGAUACGAAAAAUGAAUAUAUAAGUAAAUCCUGUCGUUAGAAAAAAAAGAAACGAAGAAAAGAGAGUAAAAAAUUAAUAGAUAAAAGAAUAAACAAAAACAAUUAACCUGUUACAUUCUCUGUAAAUAAAAAAAUAUAUUGAAAAAUCAUGCGAUGCAUGAGAUCCCAAAACUUUCAGGGAAAGCGAAAUUUAUAUCGUGUAAUUAUUUACAGCUGUUGGUUGUUGAAUAGCAUUUCAGAUGAGGAAUUGAUAGAUUCAAUUACCUUCAUAUCGAGAUUUAUGACUCUCGUUAUAAUUAGUCUUGAAUGAUAAAUUUCCGAUCGCACUAAACUACAGAGCUUUUUCGAAAGUACAAUAACUUAAUAAAUAAAUUUGUACAGAUUUAAAGGUUCUCAAAUAACUGGCAAAUAUACGGGUGAAGAAAAAAAAAGAUUUGAAAAGAACAAAAAUCAAAUAAAUCAAAUGGUGUUAGCAUAUAAGCUAACUAACGAAAAAUCAAUACGAACGAACGAUAUAAUUAAUAACGGAGAUUUAGAUAUAGUCGAUAUAAGUUCAAAUGCUUUUCCUGACCAAAUCAGAAUAUUUCUCAUUAUUAAAUUUCCCAUACAAUUUCAGCUCGUUUCUGAUUUCAUCCUCACUUCCACGUAGAUCGAUGAAAAAAAAAAAAAUAUUCCACAAGGCUUACGUGGACUUAGACCACUCGUAAUAUUUCAUCGAGUUUUCUUUAUUUCGAAGAAAUUACAGUGCGAAGUAUAAAAUCACUUCCACUGAAUUUAAUAUUACGAGCAUCGGAAUAAUUCUAGAAUGUCAGAAUAUGAAUCAUGUAUAAGUAUGAAAAUUAUUUAAUAAUUUUCUACGAGAUAUCAACGACAUACAUCCAAAUCUCACGUUAUAUUUAAUCUUAUUUUAGUACUUAUAUUUCGUGAUCGUUCAGAAAUGAUCAGGAUACAUAUUAUGUAUUUAAUUGAUGGCCUAGUUUUCCGAAAGUUUAAUUAAUUAUUCAAUCUACACAGCUGAUGAGAAGAUACAGCAAAAUUACGCGUUGAACUCUAUUCGGAAAGAAUAAUUAAUACGCUAAUUACUAUCCUUACCGAUCGUCAUAUCACUCAAAAAAUGUAAAUUUUAAAUUAAUUUUUAUACCGAAGCAAGUAAAUCUAUUAUAUUUCAUAUGCCUUUCUCCUGUUAUACAAUGGAAUGUAGUUAUUAGAAGGAAAUUAGGAAAAAAAAUUGCAAAACAUCCCCUCAUCGAAAACUACUAAUGAAAACAGAAACACGUCUGAUAUUAUUGUUGGAGACGGAAAAAAAAACGAUGAAAUAUUAUAAACCUCAUUGAU